CUCAAAAAUUUCAAUUUUUAAGAAUUACAUUCAAACUCGUGCGCUCCACGUCUACGGUCUUGACAUCUAACAUUCGGUCUUACUACACAUUCCCCAAGUCGGCAGUUAUUACAACAAUUCCGUAUAUACAAAGACACUAUGCCAAAGAGUACAACACCAACUUCCAUUCGCCAUGGAAGGCGACAUAACCCACUAGAGGAUGACCUCUUAGCCACUGGGCCCCUCCGCGCAAAAGCUCCCAAACGAAAAUCAAAAUCCGGCGAGGACGAACCAGAAAACUACAUAGAUUCUAAGUCAUCCAAGAAAAUUCUUAAGAUCGGCCGAGAAUUAGCUGAAGAGAUUGAUGUUGCGCCACCACGACCUCCCAUAGAGUCAAAUGCAUUUGGGUUUGACUCACGGUUUAACGACGAAGACCAAGAUAAUGACCUGUACGAAGAUCAGGAAGUCUGGGGCGACGAUGAGGAUGAGAUUGUAGAGGAAAUCGAGAUUGAGCCCGAGGAUCUAGACACAUUCAACCGAUUCUUACCCACAGACGAUGAUCCAUUAUUAACGGAGGGCUGGCCAGGGCAAGCAGCUCCGGAGGAGAAAGGCGCAGGCACCAACCUUGCUGACUUGAUUCUUGCAAGAAUCGCACAACAUGAGGCUGGACAGGACCGGGGACAGGAACCAGGUCCGGUGGAUGACGACUACGAAUUAUCACCCAAAAUCGUAGAGGUGUAUUCUAAGAUCGGCUUGAUUCUGUCGAGAUAUAAGUCUGGCAAGUUGCCAAAACCAUUCAAGAUCUUACCCACAGUGCCACACUGGGAAGAGAUUAUCGAGCUUACCAACCCGGAUCAAUGGACCCCGAACGCAUGCUACGAGGCUACAAGAAUCUUCGUGUCUAGCAAGCCCAUCGUCGUCCGAAGGUUCAUCGAGAUGAUACUGCUUGAGCACGUGCGCGAGGACAUUCAUGAGACGAAGAAGUUGAAUGUUCAUUUAUUCAACGCGCUUAAGAAAGCCCUGUAUAAGCCAGCAGCAUGGUUCAAGGGCUUCCUUUUUCCUCUCGUGGAGAGUGGUACUUGCACACUUAGAGAAGCUACAAUCAUAUCUGCUGUCCUGGCUAGAGUCUCCGUACCUGUUUUGCACUCCGGCGCAGCUAUCAAAGGACUCUGCGAAAUCGCUGCCCGAGAGGCCUCUGCCGGAACCGAGGGCGGAGGCGCUACCAAUGUGUUCAUCAAAACGCUACUUGAAAAGAAAUAUGCGCUCCCUUACCAAGUCAUCGAUUCCCUCGUAUUCCAUUUCCUCCGCUUCCGAAGCGUGGAUCCCGCAUCCAUCAAAGAAGGCGACGUUAUGAGCAUAGGCGACGAGCGAGCAGCUACGAGGGCCAAGCUGCCGGUAAUAUGGCAUCAGUGCCUACUGGCCUUUGCGCAGAGAUAUCGAAAUGAGAUCACCGAAGACCAGAGAGAGGCCCUCCUAGACCUUCUACUCACGCACGGGCACCACAAGAUCGGCCCUGAAAUCCGAAGAGAACUAUUAGCCGGACGUGGCCGUGGUGUCCCGGCCGAACAAGCUGAUCUAGGCUUUGAUGGGGAUGACACCAUGCAAAUAGACUGAUUAAGGAUUAAGGGGAGAAUGGGCGGCUUGGAAAUAUUUAGAUCCUGACAGGAGACAAAAAAGAUACCAACGAAGAGAUGAAUAGGCAUCUUGGUGUUCUAGGC